AUGGCUGUUAACAUUAAAUUUUAUCCAAUCCUCCUCGGGGUGUACCUCUUCUUCAUCGCCCGUAUUCAGGCGGCUAGCGAAGGUAGCAAUACGCCGGAUGAGGAGAUGGCCGGCUGGAGGGAGGGCCCUAACAGUCGAGGCACACUCAACAUUGUCUGGAGUUGCGGUAUCACCAUAUUCGCCUGCACUUGGACAGUUACACAUCUUAACCUGCCGGGCCCCAACGAUACUGCGCUGCAGAAGUUUAUUCGUCGGUUCAAAUGGAUGUCGAUUAACAUCAUGUUCCCCGAGUUCAUUCUUUCCAAGGCCAUCUGCGAUCUCCGACAGGCCCUUGAUGAGCUCCGACAAUUCGGACAGACCUUACCCAAUAUCACAGACAACACAACAUGGUCUGCCAGCCUUGGAAACCUGAGAUCUGGUGAAGGUACAUCUCAGAUAUUGGUUGAUCGCAUGCGGUAUUGGGAGACCUUCGUUGAGGAUGCACCUCAGAAAUGGACAAUUUCUCACUCAUUCUAUGCCCAGAUGGGUGGCAUCAUGAUUCCAUCAAAGUACACCUCGGAUAUUGUGGGCUAUGAAGUCCUCACUGCAACAAAACUCACUCCACAAUAUCAAUGGGAUGAAGAACAUCCCCUCAAACAAUUGGAACUGAGUGAACAGGAUAUCCAAGACAAGAGCAAAGCGGACUGGUUACUUAAGAGUCUUGCCAUCCUUCAGAUUGUAUGGCUUGUUCUCAAUGUGAUCGUUCGCGAAGUUACAGGUUUGGCUGUUACUCAGCUCGAGAUUGCCACUGCUGCGUUUGCUCUCAUGGCGACUUUGACUUACGCGGCUAGCUGGUGGAAGCCCAAGGAUAUCUCCGAGCCUACAUACACUCGUCGUUCAUCCACAGGCGAUUGGAUAUCUACACCUCAGAUGGUACAGCUUACGCUAUGGUUCAAGUCGCCCGGCAAAGCAGCCACGUCAACGGUGUGUAAAGCUUUACACAGUGGAGACCGGGUUCCCAACGAUGUUACUUGGAUGAGAGCUAGCACGUCCCCCAUUACGUCUUUCUUAGCCGUCUCAUCUCUAUUGUUUGGUGGGAUUCAUUGCUUUGCUUGGAAAUUCGAGUUCCCAUCUCAAACCGAGCUCAAUCUUUGGAGAAGCGCGUGUGUCGUUGCUGUCAUACUGCCUACAAUCACACUGGGUAUUAGCACUUUUUUGAGCCAUCUGUUGGCCAAGCGUUUCAACCCACAACGCCAGAAUAUUCUCGUUGAGGCGUUCAAUGGCCUACCUUUGAGGUCGGCAGCAUGGUGGGAUGCUCUCUUGGAUCCUCAGGUUGAGGGUUUGACUCGCCACAACUUUCAGUCACGCUCAAUCCCAGCGGUGGCAGAGGAAUGGAACAAGCGAUUUCCGCCGAAUCAGGAAAGAGUUUCAGCUCACCUUAAAGGUCAUUUCUUCGCUGCGUUUCUUUAUUCCUUCAUCAAUAUUCGGAAGUCUUACGAGAAGGCUCGCCAGCACGGGGAGCUUGAUAGAGCUGAUCUAGAGGCUUGGCUCUCAGGAUGUACAGACUUCAAGCAAAAUUGGAGAUUAUUGGGUCAAGCUCGAAACUUGUGGUAUAAGAUCGAAGCUGAGGUCAGUCACUCGCAUUGCAACAGCACUCCGAACCAAAAGGAGCCGCCCUAUACUGAUAGACUAUGGUCUGUGAUUGAUGUCGCCGAAACAACGUUGGACAGAGAACUUUCGCAGUGGGAGAAUGGGAUAUCAAAGACAUCAAAGCUUCUCUCAAUUACCAGUUAUAUGGUUUACUCAGUUGCCCGUCUGCUGAUUAUGGUUCAACUCUUCACAAGCCUAAGAUCCACACCGGCAGAUGUGUAUGAAGUGACCCCAUGGGUCAACCUCCUACCCAAAAUUUCUUAA